AUGCUUGAGACCCAGAUUUCCCAAGUGGCACAAACCACCUCUGCACAAGUUGUACCUGGAGGACAAUUCCUUGGACAAACUCAACCCAAUCCCAAAGGCCAAGCAAAUUCUAUCACCUUAAUAAGUGGAACCGCUUAUGAAGGGCCUAAAAACCGUAACCUAAGCACACCAGAAAAACCUAAGGAAGAUGCUGCACCCAAAGACCAGGUAGAGGAACCAGAGAAACCUAAAAAGCAAUCAAAACCAGAAGUAGGGAAUCACACACAACAACCUUACAAACCACCUAUUCCGUUCCCACAAAGGUUGAAAAACACCAAAACAGAAAACCAAUCAAUGAGAGGUAUGGCACCUGUUAAAAUGGAGCCCCAGCAUAGUGAUCAACCACUUUUGCAUCAACAGCAACAACAGCAACAACAGCAGCAGCAGCAGCAACAACUCCUCCAUAUGUCAAGGCAAACUUCUCAAGCUACUGCUGCACAGAUGAAUCUUUUACAACAACAGAGACUAAUGCAAUAUCAACAACAUCAGCAGCAGCAACUCUUAAAGUCAAUGCCUCAGCAGCAGCAACUCUUAAAGUCAAUGCCUCAGCAGCAACGAUCCCAGCUACCCCAACAGUUUCAACAGCAGAAUAUGCCUAUAAGGUCUCCUGUGAAACCAGCAUAUGAAUCUGGGAUGUGUGCCAGGCGGCUGACACAUUACAUGUAUCAGCAACAACAUAGACCCGAAGAUAACAACAUUGAUUUCUGGAGGAAAUUUGUCGCCGAGUACUUUGCUCCUAAUGCCAAAAAGAAGUGGUGCGUUUCCAUGUAUGGAAGUGGCAGAGAAACAGAACGAAUUCUUUCUUUUUCUUUUCCUAAUUUUAUUUGCUGCAUUGCUGCUUUUCUAGGGUCUGCUGAGCUUAGCUUGACAAGUUAUUUCUUCUUCUUUAAAUAUACCAGAGAAACAGGAACUGGACCUAUGGACAGCUUGUCCAAAUUUCCUCGGAGAACAAGUAAUUCAUCUGCACUUCAUAGUCAGGCGCAACAGUCUGAAGAUCAAUUACAGCAGCAACAACAGCAUAUGGCGUCCCAUAACUCAAAUGGUGAUCAGAACUCUGUGCAAGCUGCUUCCAUGCAAAUUCCUUCUAACAAUGGUGUGGCAAGUGUAAAUAACAACGUCAAUUCAGCAUCUGCUUCGACUACCACCAGCACCAUUGUUGGACUUCUCCACCAGAACUCUACGAAUGCUAGGCAGCAAAAUUCAAUGAACAAUGCAAGCAGUCCAUAUGGAGGUAAUUCUUCCCAUGUUCCAUCCCCAGGUUCAUGCAAUAACACAGUGCCACAAGGGCAACCAAACUCGUCCCCUUUUCAUUCACCGACACCGUCCUCAUCUAACAAUCCUCAAAAUUCUCAUCCGGGUAUACCAUCCGCAAAUCACAUGGGUGCAGCAAGCUCACCAGCUAAUAUUUCCUUGCAACAACAACAAACAUCUAUUUCCGGUGAAGCCGACCCAAGUAACGAUGCUCAGAACUCGGUCCAGAAAAUCAUUCAUGAGAUGAUGAUGUCCUCUCAGAUGAACGGAACAGGUGGAAUGGUAGGUGCUAAUUCUCUUGGAAAUGACAUGAAGAAUGUAAAUGGUAUCCUACCAGGGAGUACUAAUACUGGCCUAAACGGUGGCAAUGGCAUGAUGGGUAAUGGAGGCGUGAACAAUAAUCCUGGUGUUGGGGUUGGUGGUUAUGGCACAAUGGGUCUUGGUCCAUCUGGUUUACCCAAUGGAAUGAGGCCAGGAAUGGGAAAUAAUUCAGUCAUGAAUGGAAGAGUAGGAAUGUCAUCGAUAACUCGGGAACAGGCUAUGAAUCAUCAACAGGAUUUGUCAAGCCAACUGCUUAGUGGGUUUCAAUUUGAUUAGAGCGUUUACAAUGCCUGUUUGUGAUCACAUAACCGAGCCUUCACUCGCCACUGAAAUUUCUUGCUUCUGAAAAACUACAGUAAAAAUGCCUACGGACGCUGGAUUAAGUAUCGCAACGUGCGUCCAAACUUAAGCAGUAUCUUUUGGAUAGAGAGUGGUUCUUAGGCAGCUUCCUGUGCAGCAUGAGGAAGCUAGAUUUGCUUUCAGAACCCUCCUGAUGAUGGCAGAAUGCAGUCGGGUAGUCAUAGGUCUUUGUACUAAUCUGUUUUUUUUCUCUUCUUUUACAAAUAUAAUAUAUAUAAGAAAAUGAAAAUUUGUUGGCUGGUUGUUUGGCUGAUGGGGCUGAUUUUCCUGUUGUAUUCAGUUGUAACUUUUACUUUUUUGUAUUUUUAAAAUACGUUUAUGACAUACACAACCUUAUCAGUUGAUAUUUUGGGGUGCAAACUGCAACUGUUUGGGAGCAUAUGUUGGUACACAUCAAUGGUGGAUAAGUCUUGCAUAGGGCUGAUUUUAAAGCAAGAGUAUUUGAUGGGUGAAUGAUGGAAGAACAAGCAGUGUCGAAGAAAAGUGGAACUGAAUAGUUUCCAGUUCCUUCAUCAGGAAUUUACACAAUGUAAUCUUUACAAGUUUACAUGUUGAGAAAAGUAUCAAAAAGGUUUGAAAAUUUCUAAAAAAAUUUAAUUUUGCCUAAAUAUCGGAAUAUAUUUUUACUACAUAUUUAAAAAUGUGAAAAUUUUUAUUA